AUGGAAUGCAGCAUUCCCGAGUUUCAGAAAGGAAAACCGUGUCCAAAUAAGACGAACGCUAAUCUAUUUCAUACAAAAACUCCUAAAGAAAUUGCUCGUGAAAAUAAACGUGAAAUAACUCGAGCACGUCGAGAAUUACAACGUGAAACACAGCGUUUACAAACUAAUCAACGACAACAAGAAAAUGAAAUUCGUAAAUUAGCUGCCAAAGGAGAGCAAAAAGCUCUUCGUCAAUAUGCUAAAAAUAUUGUUAAAACACGUAAUCAAUUGAACAAAAUAUCUCAAAUGGAUGCCACAUUGUCCGCAUUAGAAAGUGAAAUAACAACAAUAACGACAAAUCAAACAAUGGCAGACGUUAUGGUGAAAACAACAAGAACAUUAGAACGAAUAAAUAAAAUGAUUCCACUACAAGGUUUUCAACAGACUAUGAUGAAGUAUGAAAAAAAUAAGGAAAUGAACGAGAUCAAACAAGAAAUGAUGGAAGAUGCUAUGGAUAGUGCCUUUGAUGGAGAAGCAGAUGAAGCAGAAACAGAUCAACUUGUGGAUCAAGUACUUGGCGAACUCAAUAUCAAUAUUGCUAGUCAAAUGCCAAGUGUUCAAAGUGGUCCAAUUGCCGCUGGUGGCGCUCGUGCAGCAGCCCAACCUCAAGCAGUAUCAACAGCUGAUGCUGAUUUAGCAGCUCGUCUUGAUGCAUUACGUCGAAAUUAG